AUGGCGUCAGUUUCUCUUUCCUUAACACCAGCGGAGAAGUUGUUUCGACAAUGUCUCCUCGAAUGUCGGAAUGAGAUGCAAGAUAUUCCUGGCAUGAAAAAUUUGGUCCUGCGUUUCACUGGAGGUUGGGUUCGAGACAAGCUUCUAGGUGUUCAAAGUCAUGACAUUGAUGUCGCUUUGAGCAGCAUGACUGGUUGGCAAUUCGGUCAAGCGAUGCAAGUUUUCAUGGAGAAGCAUGGACAGAAAUAUGAAGACGAAGCCAGUCAGCAAGGCUUCGCAGCUGCUCUGAAGAACUUGCAUAAAAUCGCCGCGAAUCCCGAGAAGUCGAAGCAUCUUGAGACUAUCACUACAAAGAUGUUUGGGAUCGACGUCGAUUUUGUGAAUCUGAGGAAGGAAGUUUAUAACGAGGACAGCCGGAAUCCGCAGAUGGAAUUCGGUACAGCUGAAGAAGAUGCGGUGCGAAGAGAUGCUACCGUGAAUGCACUAUUCUAUAAUUUGGACACACAGGCUGUUGAGGACUUCACAAAGAGAGGGUUCGAAGAUAUGGACAAAAAGAUCAUUCGAACCCCUCUGGAGCCAUACCAAACUUUCAAGGACGACCCUCUUCGAGUGUUGCGACUCAUUCGAUUCGCUUGUCGCCUCGGCUACGAGAUCGACCCGGCGUCCCGAGAAUCAAUGAAGGAUAAAACUAUACACGAAGCAUUGAGACUUAAAAUCAGCCGGGAACGCGUAGGAGUCGAAAUUGACAAGAUCGUGAGGGGACCAGACCCGUACACUGGCUUGAAGUACAUCAUUGACUUCGAUUUAUUCACUACAGUCUUUGCCGAUCCCACAAGCACGGACAACCUAGACGCAAGCGUAGCUCUUGCAGCCUAUGACGGUCUGAAAAAGAUCUUAGAUGAGAGAUCAUCGAUCUGUCUAGCGCUGAAACCAAAGGACAACGCGAAAUUAAGCUGGUUUCUUGCCACUUACACGCCAUGGGUCGACUCAGCGCAGAAAGCCUAUGAUGCAUCUCGAACUGGGAUCAAAGCCACCAACGCUGAGAGCAAGAUCCUGAAAGAUGCCAUUGACCUCCGAUCAGCCAUAAAGGAAGUUGUCGAUCUCGCGAAUGAAGGAACUGCCAAACGUUCAGAUGUCGGCAUGCUCAUUCGAAAAUGCAAGGAGGCUUGGAGGGCACAUAUCCUAUACUCCCUGCUCUGCGACCUGGCCUGUGACAUUAAAAACUUCACAUCAAUUGCAGACCGCUACCAACGAUUGCUUAUCUUCAUCGAAGAGAAGUCGCUUGAAGAUGCGCACAAGAUUCUUCCAAUAUUGAAAGGCAAUGAGAUUCACGCUGUAAUGGGCGGUCCAAAAAAUCGACAAUGGAUGGGCCGAGCUGUGGAUAUGCUUGCUGAAUGGCAGUUCGAUGCUGUCGAGCCUACGACAGAUCAAGCUAUCGAGAUGAUAUCUAGCAAGAAAUCAGAACUUGGGUUGACCUGA